UCCUUGUUUUUAGUGACUUGGAAAAUCUUGAGAUCUUGUCAAAGGUAAGUACAGAGCAGAUAUAAAAAGGUGCAGUCUACCAGUGCACUUUGCCACAGUAAUAGUUUACAAAAAUACAGUUAUAUUUUAUAUACAGUCCAGUUGAGUUUAUUCUUUGGGUUUGCAGCAAACAUUGCUUUUAAAAGCUCCAAAAAACAGCACAGUAUUAUAUAAAUAUUAAAGCAUAAGGGACAAAGAUCCUCUUUGCCAGAAUGCAUAAUAAUUGAUUGAUUGCGCAAAGGAACUAGUUAUUAAAAAAGGAAGGGAACUGAGUGGAGAAAAACAUUACAAUAUAUAUAUAUCUUGAUUUGAUUUACUGGUAAAUGUAAAAGUUCAGUUUGGAUUGACACUUUCUCAAACAGCAACUGAUUACAAUGAGACUAUGUAAUGAUGCCUAAAUUAUAAGAGACAUACUUUAUUGAUUCCCUUGGCGAAAUACAGCAGCAUUUUAUCAGUUUAUAAUGGGAUGAUUCAUUAUUAAUGUUAUCAAAUGUAUAUUAUAUUAUUUGAAUGUAAGUUAUUGAUGUAUUGCCACCUAUUGGGAAAUGAUUUUGCAGCUUUAACAAUUUGCACACUAAUCUAUCAAAAGCCACGCCCACUUUCAGUAUCAUCCGCUUUACGUCAUGAUGCUGCGACGGUUUGUCGGCUUCAAACAUGGCGUCUAGAUUAGAAAUAAAUUUCAUCAGAUUGUUGUCCCGCUGUGAAUCUAUUGCUUCCGAGAAACGAGGAGAGGCAGAAUGGAGAUUAGACAAGUAUGUUGGGGCCCUGGAAGAGAUGUUGUCGGCUUUGAGGAAGAGUCCGAGCAAACCAACACCAGAAGUCCUGACAGAGUACACGAGAAAAGUAGAUUUUCUGAAAGGACUUUUAGCAGCAGAGAAACUGACGUCUCCUACAGAAAAAGCUUUAGCCAAUCAGUUCCUCGCGCCUGGCCGCACUCCCACCAUAGCCCACGAGAGGAUGUCUGCCAGUAAAACAGUGCACAUGCAGACAAAGGCCAGAUGUACAGGAGAGAUGAGGGAUGAGCUGCUUGGCACGCCAAUUUCAAGCAAAGAGACAGACUUGAGGAACAGAAGAGGUCUUCCUCUGGAUGAGCGUCAGUCAGCUGCAGAGCUGGAUGCUGUCUUGCAGCAUCACCACAACCUGCAGGAGAAGCUGGCAGAGGACAUGCUCAACUUGGCCAAAAACCUGAAGAACAACACUCUGGCAGCUCAGAACAUCAUCAGACAGGACAACCAGACUCUCAGCCAGUCCAUGCGUCAGGCAGACCUGAACUUUGAGAAGCUGAAGACAGAGUCGGAGCGCUUGGAGCAGCACACCAAGAAGUCUGUGAACUGGCUGCUGUGGCUGAUGCUCAUCCUGGUGUCGUUCAUCUUCAUCAGCAUGAUUCUCUUCAUCAGAAUCUUCCCCAGACUCAGAUGAUACCGGCAGACAGCCCCGAACUCUUAGUCCGACCUCUUCCUCUGUUUACAAGAGCAGUAGCUAUGUAGAGCUUCAUAGAUCUGCACAGCAUGCCUGUCUGUGUCACACAGAUCAGUAGUUUCAGAGCCAAAACAACAAACUACUUGCACUUUUGAAAGUGAAAUAUUCCUGUAAACAAGACGACGAAAGACGCAUUAACAUGCACAAUGUGGUUUGAGGCAUCAGUGUUGGUUUUUCUCUCUACCUUUGGGAGCAACAACACGGUCUUAGCGCUAAAGACCUAGCCUUAAUUAUUUUAAUCCCACAGCAGGUAGGAGAGUAGCCACUCAAUACAUGGAUACACCUUCUCAAAAUCAGUGAAGUCAGUCACAUUUUCCAGACAGUUGUCCCAUUCUGCAUUUUUCAUGAACCGUCCACCUUCUAACUAUUGGCCAAUAUGUCAACACUAGAAAAACACACUACAGAUCUGACUGUAUCUGUAUCUAAAUCCUGCACCUGUUGAUGUGCUAAAGUGUUUGAUUAAACGUUAACCCUCCUGGUUUAAAUAGUGUUUUAGUAAAACGUACCAGUAGGUGUAAGCCGCAAUAUUAAAACGUACAAAGGCACAUUUAGAUUUUAUUGUGAGUGAUCUAUGUGGGGAAUAAAAAUAUAUAUAUGAGCAGUUCAACUGAAUGGAGUAACAAAUUACAAAGUGGAUUUACAGCAGUUCGGCUUUUCAUCUUUACAUGCAUUGAAAAACAGUACUUUUAGAUCUUUGCUAAUUUAUUAGGUUGGUAAUUCUACAUGUGUCUGUCCUUUCUUCAGCUGUAUUUGUUAGUUUAUUUCAUAAAUACUGUGCAUCAAGUGUUUUAUUGUGUUGGUAAUGAAUUAGGAUGUUGUCCUCAUGAGAUGAGUGCAACCUCUCGCUGCAUCUGUG